AAUUCGUAGUCGUUCACCACGACCAUUUCCUAGAAAAUAUCGGUGUCAAUAUCCGUAAUGAGUAAGGUGUAAUUAACUUUGUAACUUCAAUUUCAUUAGCUGUCACGCCAUUCACCUUUUUUCCGCCAUUUAUAUUUACCCCAAACGAAACGUUGUAGAAGAAGCCGAGUAUUUACCCAAAAAAAGAAGAAGCCGAGUAGGAAAAGAAACUUAUUUUCCCCGCCAUAACCGCUUCUUUUAACAUACCUUGAAAAUCUAAUUUCACACACACAAACAGAGAGAGAGAAAGAGGGAGAUAUAUCAUAUCUAGUCUAGUAUAUAUACAAUGAUGAAGAGAAGUGGUGAUGAUGGUAAUGGUGGAGUAGUUUAUGCUUGUUUAGGUGUACUCUGUUGUGUACUGGUUGUAUCUGUGAUAGCAGUUGUAUCCGUCAGGUUCUCCGUUUCCGGAAGCCCUUUCCGAUCGUCGGUUUCUGCUCCAACUGUUUCCAUCGUUGAGUUGGAGAAGAAGGCCAUCGCCGCCACCGCCGUCGCUAAUCGAAAUCCAUCACGAGCCAUCGCUUCCGAUCUUUCUUUCAGUCCCAACUCUUCCUUCUCUCGAAAAUCUACCCUUGUUAGGAAAGAUGAUAAAAUACAGGAAGGACUGGCACGAGCAAGAGCGGCGAUUCGAAAAGCUGCUGGUGUUGGAAACCUGUCUAUGAACCCUGGUGGGAUCUACCGCAAUCCAGGCGCAUUUUAUCAGAGUUACAAGGAAAUGGAGAGGAGGUUCAAGGUGUAUGUAUAUGAAGAUGGGGACUUCAUUAUAGUCCAUAAUGGACCCUGUAAAAAUAUAUAUGCAAGUGAAGGAAGGUUCAUCAGUGAGAUGGAACAUGUUAAUAAUAAUUUCAGGACAAGGGACCCUCAUUCAGCCCAUGUUUACUUCAUGCCUUUUAGUGUAACUUGGAUGGUUAAAUUUCUCUACGUACCUCUUUCAUAUGAUAUUGAACCUCUUAAAGAGUUCGUGUCUGAUUAUGUGCGACUUAUAUCAACAAAAUACCCAUUCUGGAAUCGAAGCCAUGGAGCUGAUCAUUUCAUGCUUUCUUGCCAUGACUGGGCACCUGUUGCUUCAAAAGGCAAUGAUUUACUAUACAAUACAUCAGUCAGGGUUUUGUGUAAUGCCAACACCUCAGAAGGCUUCAAUCCUCAGAAGGAUGUCAGUCUUCCUGAAAUCUAUCUUUACAAUGGUGUAGUGUCCCCAAAGCUGCAGUCUCCUCCACCAGCCAACAUUUCAAGGCCGUACCUUGGAUUCUUUGCUGGUGGACUUCACGGCCAUGUCCGGAAAACCCUCUUUGAUCACUGGAAAGGCCGCGACUCUGAUCUCCGUGUAUACGAAUACCUGCCUAAGGACAUGGAUUAUCCCUCUGAAAUGUUGCGGUCCAAGUUUUGCCUAUGCCCUAGUGGGUAUGAAGUGGCUAGCCCAAGAGUGGUUGAAGCCAUGUACGCUGAAUGUGUUCCUGUUAUGUUAUCAGAUCAUUAUGUCUUCCCUUUUAGUGAUGUGCUAAACUGGGAAGCAUUCUCAGUUCAGGUUAACAUUUCUGAUAUCCCAAGGCUAAAGGAGAUCUUGGUGGCUGUUCCAGAAGACAAAUACAUGAAGCUCAAGGAAGGCUUGAGGGCUGUUAGGAAACAUUUUGAACUAAACCGGCCUGCUCUGAGAUUUGAUAUGUUCCAUAUGAUAUUACAUUCUAUAUGGCUUAGGAGACUAAAUUUAAGGUUCUAGAAUAGGAACCUACUACCAAAGUAUAAGUAACAAAACAAGGAAUUGGGUGUGUGUGUGAACACAAGGGUUUAUUUCAAUGCCUUAAAUUUGAGUUAGAUUCUUUUGUCAUAUAGAAUUUGUUUGUAGUCUUGCUUCAACAAGACAAUGUAAAUGAAAGCAUUCUUGAUCCAUUUUUUCAUUUCAGAAUGGGAGACGUUAUCUCUGUAGUAUUCUACAAGAUAUAUAAUGUCCUUGAAUUUUUGUCGAAA